CAGAAAAUGAGAGCGGUAACAGGGUAGGCUUUAGGACCGGGGGGCCGACACGUGGUGACAGGACAACCGGAAGCCGGAACUCACGUUACUGAUCUGCGAUGGCUCAGCAGGCCACGGCGGGGCGACGCUGCCUGCGAGCGUUUGUUAGCGGAUUCUUCGUCGCCGUCCCCGUAACCGUCACCUUCCUCGAUCGAUUCGCCUACGUGGCGCGUGUGGAGGGAUCAUCGAUGCAGCCAUUCCUCAACCCAGAGGGGGGGUCCAAGUGUGACGUCGUCCUGCUGAAUCGUUGGAGUGUGAGAAACUACCAGGUCCAACGAGGUGACAUCGUCUCUGUGGUGCAAACGCGUGCAGCCUGGGAAUGUCUCAGCCGUCCGUCCUCGGUCCCAGACGUCCUCCGCUCCAUCGAUGUUCCUGUCCCCGAGGAAUCCAAAGCAGAAGAUCAUCAAACGGGUCAUUGGCCUGGAGGGAGACUUCAUCAGGACUCUGGGCUACAAGAACCGCUAUGUUCGAGUUCCAGAUGGUCACUUCUGGAUCGAGGGAGAUCAUCACGGCCACAGUCUGGACAGCAACAGCUUUGGACCGUUAUCUGUUGGAGUAGACGCAUCAGAGCCAGCGACACCAAGAGGGAGAACAAGCUGAUGAGAAAGGUUGGCUCAGUGCUGGGACUCUGGAGCUCCUGCGGGUUGUUACUGAGUAAAGGAAGCUCCACAAACUGCUGAACAUACCGGACACCACCUCACACCCGCUGCAUGAUCUACUGCAGCAGGUUCCUUCAGUAACAAGGACAGAAACCUUUCCUACCUGCUGCAGUUAAAUAGAUAAGGACUCUCUCUGACCCUGUUUGCAGCAGAGGACUCCUCCGAGGGGCAAUGCAAAAGUUCAGUCUGCACACUUCAUUUUAUUUCACAGUAGCUGUAAGUAACUAUACAUUAACACGCAGAUAAAUCAUGUAAAUAAAAACAAGGCAGUGCAAGUAUA